UGUUGUGGCUAUCAGUUGCUUUGCUUUGUUUGAAAGGAAACCAAAAAUAUCAGAGAAAACUACUCUUUUUUAUCUAUAAGAUUAAUUGUUGUUGAAAACUUAGAAUUUUAUAUGAAGUAUAAAGCAAGGAGGAAAUACCUAUAUCUGCUCUAGUGGUCUACUCUUGUUUACCCAAAGCUUUGUCAUCUUUUCCAAGUGCUCUCCUCAAUCACUUCAGUUGUUGUCUAUAACAACUUUAUUGAGUGGUGACUUACUAAUCUGGUGUGUGGCUGUAGAUGGGGUGUGUUCUUAUCCUAAAGAUAAAGAGCAUUGGGUUAAAUAGCUUUGUUUAACAUAAUGUAUGGCCCAUGGGUUCAGAUGGUAACUUAGUGGUGGUUUAUUUAGUGGUGGCUUUUAUCAGACACAUGCUGUCCAACUGCCUCGAUGAUUUGUUAAUAUGGCUGGAGUACACCUAGCAUUUGUGUUCCUAAACACCAAGAGGACUAUCUUCCCUGAACUUGUCACUAUGAUGGUUUUUAGACUGGAGCUUUCUGUGCGUCCUUCAUAUUCAUUCAAGUAGAGAUGUGUGGAGAGAUGACAGCUGAGCAGUUGUGGAAUUCUGUUAAAUGAGAACUGUGAAAUGAAGCCAACAAGAAAUGGUUCGUGCCAAGUGGAAAGUGAUCGUUUCAUUGAUCCUGUUUAUGGUCAGCCCAGGUGACGGACUAUUUCACUCCAUAUACCGAAAUAUCCUUGCUUCCCAGUCCUUGAAGGGGAAUGCAGGACAGCCUCUAUUUCUUAGCCCAUACAUCAGUAACGGGAAGAUCAAGGAGGGGCAAAGGAAGAGCAUGGUCAGUCCUUUCCCUGGAAUGUUUGACAAGAGUUAUGCCGGCUACAUCACGGUGAACCAGAUUUACAACAGCAACCUCUUCUUCUGGUUCUUUCCGGCUCGGAUACAGCCUGCAGAUGCCCCAGUAGUCCUCUGGCUUCAGGGUGGUCCUGGAAGUUCAUCCAUGUUUGGACUCUUUGUAGAACACGGGCCUUAUAUUAUCUCAAGUAACAUGACUGUUCUUGCCAGAGACUUCCCUUGGACAUUUACCCUUUCCAUGCUUUACAUCGAUAAUCCGGUGGGUACAGGCUUCAGCUUCACUGAUCACUUCCAGGGAUAUGCCCUCAAUGAGGACGAUGUAGCCCAAGACUUGUACAGUGCCCUGAUUCAGUUUUUCAAGUUGUUUCCCCAGUACGCAAAGAAUGACUUUUAUGUCACCGGUGAGUCUUAUGCAGGGAAAUAUGUUCCAGCCCUAGCACACUACAUCCACUCCCUCAACCCUGUGCGGGAGUUCAAGAUCCACCUGAAAGGAAUUGCCAUUGGAGAUGCCUACACUGAUCCCGAAUCGAUUAUAGGAGGGUAUGCAGCAUUCCUGUAUGACAUUGGCUUGUUGGAUGAACAGCAGAGAAAGCAAUUCCAGAAGCAGUGUAGCAGGUGCAUAAAAUACAUCAAAGAGCAGGAGUGGAUGAAGGCCUUCCAAAUCCUGAAUAAGCUGCUGGAUGGAGAUUUAACAACUGGUUCAUCUUUCUUCCAGAAUGCGACAGGAUGUACCAAUUAUUAUAACAUUUUACAGUGCACGGAACCCGAAGACCAAAGUUACUUUACAAAAUUCUUGUCGCUCCCACAAGUGAGACAAGCCAUCCAUGUGGGAAACCAGAACUUCAGUGAUGGCACUGAGGUUGAGAAGUACCUGCAAGAGGACACAGUGAAGUCAGUGAAACCCUGGCUAACUGAGAUCAUGAAUUACUACAAGGUUCUCAUCUACAAUGGCCAACUGGACAUCAUCGUGGCCGCUGCCCUGACAGAACGCUCCUUGAUGACCAUGGACUGGAAGGGAUCACGAGCAUACAGAAGGGCACGUAGAAAGGUCUGGAAGAUCUUCAAAUCUGAUAAUGAAGUGGCAGGUUAUGUGCGGCGUGUGGGUAAAUUCCAUCAGGUAAUUGUCCGAGGUGGAGGACACAUUUUGCCCUAUGACCAGCCAAUGAGAUCUUUUGAUAUGAUCAAUCGUUUCAUCUAUGACAGAGGAUGGGAACCUUAUAAUUCAUAAGCUACUUUCCUGAAACAGGAGUCUUAAUCACAAAAGAAUAUUGUUUAAAAAAAAACUAAAUAUGUCAUGUAAAUUAAAAAUGUAUCUUUUUUAUA